GACCUGUCCUCGCUGCCCGGCAUGAAGGGCAAGAGGUACAAGGAAGUGGUCGACAACUGGGGCGAGAAUCCGCCCCACUUCAACGGCGAGGAAGUCAGGCUAGAACACAUCGCCACAUUCAUGCAGGACGUGCUGUCCAGCGACCCGUUCGGCACCGGUGA